AUGCGAGUCCAGCCUUCCAGCGGUGAGGCUGCGGCCCUGGUGCGGCACCAGCUUCAGCUGGGCCUCACGUCGGGCGUGGUGCUGGCGGUGCCCGUGCCGCAGCAACUGGCGGCGGAGGGCCAAAAGGUUGAGGAGGCCACGAGGCUGGCGGUGGAUGAGAGCCUGAAGCAGGGCAUCAAGGGCAAUGAGGUGACGCCCUUCCUGCUGAAGCGCAUCAACGAGCUCACCGGGGGCGAGUCCCUGCGCGCCAACAUUGCCCUCAUCAAGCACAACGCCGAGGUGGGCGCGCUCGUAGCGGUGGAGCUGAGCAAGCGAGCACGCCUCUGAGAGG